GGGUGGAGUAUGAUUUCACCUAUGCCUGGAUUAGGGAAUUUUAGGAAUGAAAUCGGCAUAAAACAUGAUCAUAUGAUAAACGUCGACUAUCUUAACUGCUAGUUUCAGUCAUUGGGAAGACAGUGUGGAUAGACAGUGUCUUAUGGCGGGACUGUCGUACUUAGUGUUCCGGUUUUCGGGGACUGCUGGUCGGACUUACGGGGUGUUUUCUAAGGGUUUAACGAGGACUUUGUUGAUAUUUUUUGAUCUUGCGUGGAGACUACGAAUCAGAUUUCCAUACCUCUACCUUAUUGCAUCUAUGAUGUUCAAUGUGCGGUUACAGGUUCACAUUGAAAUACACUAAUAAGCAAAAUGAACCAUCACAUCUCAAGACUUGGUUCUUCCCAACUAAUUUAAUUACAGACAAUGGAAUGUCGGCUUGCUCACAGCAAGGGUCAAGGGACUAUGAAGAAGGCCACUUUGACAGAUGCUCUUUGUAAAUACAAAGACAACAUUAUGAUCCUCCACAGUGAUCAACAUCACAUGGAUGUCUGACCUGUCAACUCUCACUGCUUCUUUCUGUUGAUGUCAGAGAUGUUUGUCCACUGUGUUGUGAAAAGAAUCUACUCUAGUGAAACUGGAUUUUCAUGAAGUGUCGUGGGCAGAGAAGCUGACAGAUUCCCUACCAGGACUGAGCUGAAGAAAUGAAGGUUCAUGGCAUGCUUUUGGAAUUUUCAGAUCUGGAAAAUAAUGAUGCUCUUUCCUUUGUUCUUAUCUCUAAGGGGACAAACUGGAGCAUUAAAGUUUAUAGAAUUUUCUGGAGAUUUCUGGACAUAUUCACGGCUCCUCAGCUGCUCUCUAGGGGAGCAUUUAGCAGGAUCUGUGAGUGGGGUUAUGUACAAUGUUAAUUAUUAAUUUUGUAAGGAAAACAAACACCUCAAGGUACAAGGUUUUUUUUUUCUGGUCACCUAUGUUCAGCUGGUUUCUCAACCUUGCUUAAA